AUGAAUAGGCCACCACCCCAAGGUCGUGGUCAGCCACGGCUGGGUGCGACAUGGUAUCCAGGGGGUCAGGACGAUUUUUACAUGCCAGAAGUCAUAUCCCCAUCUCCCCAAAGAGUCAUGCCCGAGGUACCGGAGAAUAUGCAAGACAACAUAGCUCAUCUUGAGCACGAAGCUCGAAACCCCCACCACAACCAGCACGCUCCAGUGCAGUAUGACCGCUCUCGCUUCCCCGAGCGCACUUCGUCCGCCUUCUCACAAGACCAGCCUUACCCAUCAGCCUACGAACCUGCCUCCCGUUACGAGCAGCAGGACACGGCUCACGAUGCCAUGGAUACCCCCAGCUUCUCUCCCUUUCCUGUUCUGCGGAACCCCCCACCAAACGUCCCUCCAACCGAUGAGCAGCGGGAAGCCAACUUGGAAAGAGCACGUAUGGCGGUGCUCUCCUCUAAUGACCCGGAGAUGCAGCUAGCCUGGGCCCAAGACGCGCUCGCUUUCGUCGAGGUUGCCAUGCAGAAUGAGGCACGUCUGUCUUUGAUCCAGCCUCCGCGACCACAAACCCCCCCGGUGGAGCGUCAACUCAAACUCGACGCAAUGAACAUUGUGAACUUCCUUGCAGAACAACAUCAUCCCAAGGCUGAGUUUAUCAAGGGCAUGUGGCUCGAGUUCGGGAAAUUUGGAUAUCGCAUCGAUAAGAAAGAAGCUUUCCGAUCCUACUCGAGAGCUGCGGACAAAGGAUAUGCCAGAGCUGAGUACCGGAUUGGCAUGCAGUUUGAAAGCUCCGGAGAGCCGGAGAAAGCCAUCAGGCAUUAUGAGAAGGGCGUUGCCCUUGCAGACUCUGCUUCCUUCUAUCGCUUGGGAAUGAUGAUCCUACUAGGCCAGCAUGGUCAGCGUCAGGACUAUCAGAUGGGGCUUGAAUACAUUAGCCUUGCAGCGCAGUCCUGCGAUGAGAAUGCCCCCCAGGGAGCCUAUGUCUAUGGCAUGCUGCUAGCGCGAGAGUUACCGCAGGUCAAUGUUCCUGAGAGUUACCUUCCUCUUGAUCUCAACGCCUCCCGUGUCAACAUCGAAAAGGCUGCCUAUCACGGCUUCGCAAAGGCACAGGUCAAGAUGGGUGCGGCCUAUGAGCUGUGCCAACUCGGCUGCGACUUCAAUCCCGCCUUGUCUCUGCAUUACAAUGCAUUGGCUGCACGACAAGGCGAACCGGAAGCAGAGAUGGCAAUUAGCAAAUGGUUCCUUUGUGGCCACGAAGGUGUUUUCGACAAAAAUGACGAGUUGGCCUUCACCUACGCUCAACGUGCCGCCCAAAGCGGAUUCCCUACUGCCGAAUUUGCCUUGGGAUACUUCUACGAGGUCGGAAUCUUUGUUCCGGUGGACAUCAAAGAAGCUAGAAGCUGGUACGCCAAAGCAGCGGCCAAUGGAAACAAAGAUGCGACGGGCCGCAUCGAUAGUAUUUCUCGCUCCAAGACUUUGUCCAGAAAGGAUCACGAGCAAGUAGCAAUCGCUCGGAUCAAGUCGCGUUAUGGAUCUGGUCAACGAGGGGGUCCGAUGAAACCCACUCCUGAGAACAUCGAAAUGCCCGAUCCAUCUCGAAUGACUCUCUCGGACAAUCCAUCGGCCGCUGCUCCCUAUCCCGACAGGCCUUCGUCCCGGGCCCGACCUGUAUAUCCACCCGGAUAUGGCAUGCCUGACCCACGUCCUAGUUCCGCCUUUGGGAUUAAUCCCAACAUCCGAAAUACUGCUCCCACCUACAACCGCGCGGCGUCUUAUGGACCAGGCCCUAUGGGCUACCGGGCCCCAGGGCCCAGUACCCCCUCCACCACCAGUCCCACAAGCCCAGCCCCUACGACUCCCAAGCUUGAUAUUGGCUACUCGGCACCGCUCGAAAACCCCAACGCGGACGCUCGGAGACGCCCUCAGCGGCUUGACAACAUGCCUCCUGACCGGAGACCUGUAAGAGGCCCUACCUCUCCUCAUACGCAAGCUGGUCCGGUGAGCUCCCCUCGGCCAGCUGCUUCGCCUUCAACCACGUCAUUCCCCCCACGGACGGAGUCUAUGCCGCCCUCGAAUGCUCAAUCAAUGUCCAAGCCUCCACCAUCUUCAUCCACACCCAAACCCUCUUCAGCCGCGUCCACUCCCAAGCCCGCCCCACCGACGACAAGCGCUGCCGGCCAGAAACCUCCAACAACAACGCCAGUCAAGCCGCAACCUGGUCUUCCGGGUAAAGGCCCCAAGACGUUUGAGGAAAUGGGGGUUCCAGCUGUACAGAAAGACAGUGAUUGCGUAUGUUCCUAUCUAAUUGCAGCCGCAUAA